GCGUCGCGGGCCUGGGCGGGGCGGGGCUGACGGCUGGCACCCAUGGCUGCCGCGCGGGAGCCCCAGGAGCCGGAGAAGAAGACCUUUAAGCUCCUAGGAAUUUUAGAUGUCGAGAACAUUCCAUGUGCGCGAGAAUCUAUACUCUAUGGCUCAUUAGGAUCUGUUGUGGCUGGACUUGGACAUUUCUUAGUGACCAGUAGAAUUAGAAGAUCAUGUGAUGUUGGAGUAGGAGGAUUUAUCCUGGUGACUUUAGGAUGCUGGUUCCAUUGUAGGUAUAAUUUUGCUAAGCAAAGAAUCCAAGAAAGAAUUGCCAGAGAAGGAAUUAAAAAUAAGAUUUUAUAUGAAAGCACCCACCUUGAUCCUGAAAGGAAAAUCAAGAGCAAUAACAGCAGCUGAGCAACCUUGAGCUGGAGAACUACUCCUUUGGAUCAACCACAAAUGAAUUAUUGUAUACAAUAAAAAGCUCUUAAAUAUGUGUGAACUGCAUUGUGUCACUUUCAUAAGAACCUUUUCUGGUCUUGGACACCAGUACAGUAUGCUUGUUAUACAUCUGUCAAAUGCAAUAAAGCAAGCCAGAAUGAAGGAGAAAUUGUACUUGAACAAGAAUGUCUGAAGCUAUUUUGUUCUCUAUCCUUCCAACAGAAAAGAUUGUUUUCCUUUCAAUCACCAUGAAGGCCAGGGUGCGGACUUGUGUAACUACCAGUCAGUAACAGUUUGUACACAUGUGCUACUAAAAGUUUUCAGCUGGUAGCCGCCCUAGGAUUUGGCCACUGAUGAGUUUGCAGCAUGUCAAUGGUUAAAUAAAUGGUCAAUCUAGUAUUCUAA